UUUUCUUAACACUCGUAGUCGUCCGCUUGGCGUAAUCGGAAGCAGUUGUUAGAAAAUUCGUAGUUUUUUACAAAUUGAAAAUUUUCUACACAAGACAAAAUGGAGGCAUCGUUUAUGGUUGCCCUGUUCGUUUCGGUAUUUUUACACUGCACAGGACUGCUCUGGAGUCCCGUGGACGCAAGAUCGGAUUCGCUUCUGUUCUUACUUAUCGCCAUAAUGUACCUGCAUAAAUUGAAGAUGAAGUACGGGCCAAUUCUCCCAGAAAGCCAAGCGGGAGCAAUUCUCGAGGUUCCGGUCCUAUGUUUCGCUCUCCAGGUGGCUUUGCUCGUCCUUUGGUUACCCGUGUUUUGUAUCCUGCAAAUCUUGGUGGAUUCAGCCUGCAGCAAUCUGAGAGAUUGUCUGAACGAGCAACUCUCCUUAAUGGUGAAGGAUAUCAGUCCACUUAUCUUUACAAUGGCUAUUAUGGCUGUGGAAUCGGCUGUGUUUCUCAACUGUUUCCAGAUCAGCGAUAUGCAGAAGUUCUUUGGCUGCCACGAAGACUGCGUCACACCCAGUGUCCUUUCAUUCAUAGCCGACGAGGAGACCAAGAUGUUAAAACGGGAGAUGAAAAAGUUGAAAAACAAAAGAAAGUGACAUAGGACAUCCAUUUUGUCGAAUAGGCAAUUAUAAUUAAUAACUUGUCAAAUUGAAUAGUUGCAAUCUGAAAUGAAUUGUUCACCAUUUUUUCGCAUCGCUUUCCACGCUUUCUUCCUUAAGGAAAGCUCUGCUCCAUUGAACGUGAUAAACUUUCGGUAAUAAUUUAUUGCAAUCACUCAACUCAACGGCCACGUCGAUGGCCAAGGCAAAAAAUAAGAGAGUUAAAAUGGAAAAACCGAAAAGUAAGUGCAGUUGCGAGAGGAGUGUGCAAUAUUUUAAAUUGCUUCCCGAAGGAUGAUAAAAAUAAGAGGGCACAACCGGAUGAAAACAUUCGAAUAAAAUGUGCCGCACAUUCGACACACGUCGCGCCAACGAAUGGGCAAAAAAAUUGAAAUAAAUAAGAUAUAAAA